CAGACCGGACGCCAUCAGUCCCCCACAUCAUACCGUUCAGAGAAAGUGUUUGGAAACGAGAAGUUGGAUCGAUCAUAUGGUUUUAUUUAUUGUACUUGUUUAAUCUUACUGACGCUCGCAACGACAAUGCCUUCGAUUCAAAGUUUAACUUUGACUUAUGACGCGCUGAAUGAGCACAGGACGUUUUCGGAGGGUGACACUAUCUCCGGGAAAGUAACACUGGCCUUGUUAAAGCAAGUCACAGUAGAUAGCUUUUUUAUUAAAGCAACAGGAGACGCUGACGUACAUUGGACGCAAAAGAGCGGCGAUAAGACCCAUUCAUACUCUGCACAUAAGAGAUAUUUCAAACUAAAGCAGUUUUUCAUCCCAGAGGCCUCCAAGGACACUAUAAUUCCCAAAGGAAUCCAUGUCUACAGAUUCAGUUUGAGCAUUCCACAAGGAAACUUCCCUUCAUCCUUCAAGGGAACUCAUGGAAAGAUUGUCUACAAGCUGGAAGCCAAGCUGUCCAGGAGUUGGAGGAUGGACCAAUCAGUGGAACAGAAAAUACUGUUUGUCUCCAGGUGUUAUCCUAACCUUCAUUCUCUGAUGUUGCCCCAAAUUGGUGCAACAAAGAAAGAGCUUGGACUUUUCUCCAAAGGAAAAGCAGACAUGGAGGUCAAGAUCGACAGGAUGGCCUAUGCCCCAGGUGAAACUAUCACAGUUUUUGCCAAAAUUAACAAUGCUUCAUCCAGUGAGAUGACACCAAAGUUCAGUUUAGGCAAGAAGGUGCUUUUCCGUGCCAGAGGUAGUACCAAACAUGAGGAGUGCACUAUCAUCAAAGUGGUGGAAAACCGUGUUAAAGCCUAUACACAGCUGGAAAUCAGGUGUGGAAUGAAGAUUCCUCUCGAUCAGGUAACAACUAUCCAGAACUGUGACAUCCUCUCAGUGGAAUAUCAUUUAAAGGCUUAUCUGGACAUCAGCUUUUCCUUCGAUCCAAAGGUCCUCUUCCCAGUGGUCAUUGUUCCUUUAGACUUUGUUCCUGCCCCUCAGCCUGUUGUGGCUACAAGUCCCUAUCCAGCAAGGGCUGCUGGGGGCCCGAGCAACAGCGACUUCCCUCCCCCUGCGGUGUCAAGUCAUCCUUAUCCUGUAUUCCCAUCCUCAGGCAGUUAUGGAGACCCAGGAGCCCAAAUGUAUUCAGCACCACCACCUGUGUACCCCGGUUACCCAACAGUGUUUCCUUGUCCACCAGCUGUUUACCCUGCUCAGUCCGCAAAUGUGAGUGGGGGAUACAACAACCAAGUGCCUCAGGUGCCUUUUCCAUAUGGUACUCCAUUUUCAUGUUCAUCAUCGUCUUCUGUGCUUCACCCUCCACCUACUGCCCCAACAUUACAAACAUCCCAAUCUGCCCCAGCGAUCCAGCCACCCCCAUCUCUCCCAGCGACCCACCAAACCCCUCCUUAUUCAUCGUUCAAUGUGUCCCCAAGUGCUCCACCGUCCACGCUGCCUUCUGCACCAAUGAUGAAUACAGACUUCCUGGGUCAACAGGAUGAAGCUCCUCCAGCAUAUACAUUCCUUUUCCCCUCCUCUGCUUCUAACUCAGAUGCAAACUAAUAGUCUGAUUACUCAAUGACUGGAUUGGUUUAUUAAUCAUGAUGUAAGAAAAAAAGCAUGGAUAUGAAAUUUAAAAGGCAUUGUGUGGAACAUUCACUUUUUGCAUGUAGAAAAGUAUACCCAAAGUAUCACAUAUGCAUUGUAUGUGAUAGUGGUGUUGUGGCCAAUACAGAUUGAUCAUUAGUUUUGUUCAGCUGUUAACAUACUCAAACUCCUGCCUUCAGUACACACUGUGUAUUUCACGUGUUUAACUCAGGUGUCUUUAACUGAUCAAUGUUUCAGUUUUGUUAAUAGGCUACAUACUAUCUACCUCACUUAUGUUUGAAAGCUAUUUGAAGAGACUGGAUAGCUGAGAGGUAAAAUAUACUGCCAUUUUUUCCCCUGUAGAUUUCAAUAAAGACUUUUACAUAUUCA